AUGUACCAAGUGAUGACCUACUGGCAAACUCUCAGGAAGAUUGGCAAUGGUCACCCUUGGGCCAAGUUUACUGUCUGCUGGACAGUCUCAGGGUCCAUUAUGUUGAACCUGGACAAUCUCCCUGUAAUCACCUACUGGAAAACUCUCAGGAAGAUUGGUGGUGGUCACCCUUGGGCCAAGUUUACUGUCCACUGGACAGUCUCAGGGUCCAUAAUGUUAAACUAG